UGAAAUAAGGCACAAAAAUCAGAAAAAGCAAAAAACUUAAAACAUGGCAGCAAUGGUAUCUGAUGUUUCCCUCAGCCGCCGCCUCCGCCCCAUGUGGCUGGUGGUGCUCUUCCUUGUUCUGGUGGUGCAAUACCACAUGACUCAAUCUCAGGCACAGAGUAGUUGCUCUUCUUCCCUUGCAAACCUAAGUGUUUGUGCACCCUUUGUAGUUCCAGGCACCACCAAUGCCGCCCCAAGCACCGACUGCUGCGGCGCACUGCAGUCGUUGGAUCACGACUGCAUUUGCAACACUGUUAGGAUCGCCGCUCGCCUCCCGUCCCAGUGCAACCUCCCUUCCCUCAGCUGUGGUGCAAUUGACUAAGUUGGACGUACUGCUGAGUGCGAAUAAUGCCAGAAAUUCAACAAUUUCCCUUUAUCUUUUUCUGUAUUUGAGGUGUUCUCUGAUAUGCAAUUAGCAGUGCCAUGCAUGCAUGUAAUGUAAGGUCGGGGAAGAGUACUUGCAUGAAAUAAUAAAGAAAUAUUUAUUACCAUAUAUAUGAUCAAGAAUAAGCAUUGAGUAAUA